AUGUCCUUUGCUUAUAAAAUUGUAAAAUUUCCUUCAUGUUUGACCACUCUACAUUACGGAGAAUACUCAGAACUUCAAACCUCUUCAAUGGCGAACCCCUUAGAUCUGAAAAAACAUGGCAAAAUUUGCAAUGAAGCAUCUCAAAUAGCAGUAGUAAUAGUGCCAUAUUUAGAACAAGGACAUCUCAAUCCCCUCCUCAAUCUCUCAGGUCUCCUCUCAUCUUACAACAUUCCCAUAUAUUUCCUAGGCACUAGCACUAGUAAUCGACAAGCAAAGUUUCGAGUAUGUGGUUGGGACAUUCUUGAUUUUCCGACCAUCCAAUUUCAUGACCUUGUACCUUCUAGUUCUUCCUCUACUCUUACGAACUCCUCUGGUGAGUCAAUAAUGGAGAAAAUAGGCUCACUUUUCACAUCCAUUUUGCUACUUCGUGAGCCUAUUCGUCAUUUUUUGCGAGAAAUCUCAAGCACAUAUAGAAGGACAGUGGUCAUUAAUGACUCAGGUAUGUCAUGGGUUGUUCAAGAUGCAGUUUCAUUGCCCAAAACAGAAUGUUACUGUUUUCACUCAAUUUCUGUUUUCACUGCUCUGUCAUUCGCCUGGGAAACAACAAGAAAGCCAAUUCCAUCUCCAGUGGCUGAAAUAAUAGCAGAGCUUCCUCCGAGGGAAAACACUUUUGAUUCAGAAACUUUGGAAUACAUAAAGCUGCAGCGUGAGGCAAGAGAUUUUUAUUCUAUUGGUCUUCAUAAUUCUUGCAAAGAAAUAGAAGGUGUUUUUAUUGAUUUGCUAGAAAAACAAAGAGAAAACAAGCAAUGGGCAAUUGGUCCACUAAAUCCAGUGGAAAUAUCUAAGAAAAAAGCUGGAUUGGAUAAAAAAGAUGACUUAUUUUCAUGGCUUGAUAAACAAGAUUUGAAUUCAGUGAUUUAUGUUUCAUUUGGGUCCACAACUACACUAUCAAAUGAACAAAUCAAAGAGCUGGCACUUGGUUUAGAACAAAGUGGACAAAAGUUCAUAUGGGUUCUAAGAGAAGCAGAUAAAAAAGGGGGUGACAAUGUCAAAAAAGGAAGUAACUUUGAGUUACCAAAAGGGUAUGAAGAGAGAAUAAAAGGAAAAGGGUAUAUAGAAAAAUAUUGGGCACCCCAAUUGGAAAUCUUGGCACAUCCAUCAAUUGGUGGAUUUAUGAGUCAUUGCGGGUGGAAUUCUUGUAUUGAGAGCAUUUCAAUGGGAGUUCCAAUAGCUGCUUGGCCGAUACAUUCGGAUCAGCCAAGAAACACUGUGCUGAUAACAAAGGUACUGAAAAUUGGCAUCGUUGUGAGAGAUUGGGAAAAUAGGCAUGAAUUAGUGAGUGCUGAGAAAAUUGAAAAUGCAGUGAGGGAUUUGAUGGGUUCGGCCGAAGGAGAGGAGCUGAGGCGGAGAGUGAAAGAGUUGAGUGGCGCUGUGAAGAAAUCAGUUAUAAAUGGCGCCAGUCGUAAGGAAAUGGAUUCCUUUGUUGCUCAUAUUACCAGAUAAAUUUACCUUUGCGUUUGAAAAUAUUAUGGAAAUGAAAACUAACAGGACAAGUUUAGGGGACUGCCUAUGUAUUUGGCAAUAUGUAUUUCUAAAUCAAAGGA